AUGGCGAUUCAUUCGGAGACAUGGGUGGUACACUUUGCCAGCAAGGUUCAAGCAGCCAGCAAAAAUGGGAUGAGUCCGGAGAACAUUAUUCUGAAUGCUGGUGUGCUCAAAUAUCCAAACCGAGCAACAGAAAUAUCAUAUGCGGAUUUUGCUCUUCACUUGCAUACCAACACAAUCGGGCCCGUGAUCUGUGCUCGAAAGUUGAUUGAUCUAGACCUCGAAAGCCCACCCACCAAGGUUGUGUUUAUUUCGUCCGAUUCUGGGUCUGCUACGCUUUUUCGAAGCUAUGAAGAUGGCUUUGCAGCAUACGCGGCAAGCAAAGCGGCCCUCAAUCAGAUGAUCAGACAUAUGGCGGCCGAGCUGGCGCGAUGUGAGGGAAAGCGGAAUAAGAUAUGCAUUCUUGCUAUGCAUCCUGGUGAAGUCCAGACUGACAUGGCCAAUAUCGAACUCGAUUGGGAGGUAGAAGGGAUGAUUCAGGCCGACGAAAGUGUGGAGGACAUGCUAAAGGUCAUUAGGGAGAAAAACGAGAAUGAUAGUGGCACAUUCUGGUGCUGGAAUGGCAAGACCCACCCGUGGUGA